AUGGAUGGUGUUGUGAAAAAUGGGAGCAAGGGGGAAAGAGAGGGUGAUAAAACAGCAAAGACCAAAAGUGAAAUGGAUGGUGUUGUGAAAAAUGGGACCAAGCGGGAAAGAGAGGGUGAAAAGACAGCAAAGACCAAAAGUGAAAUGGAUGGUGUUGUGAAAAAUGGGAGCAAGCGGGAAAGAGAGGGUGAUAAGACAGCAAAGACCAAAAGUGAAAUGGGUGGUGUUAUGAAAGAUGGGAGCAAGGGGGAAAAAGAGUGUGUUGAACCAGCAAAGACCAAAAGUGAAAUGGAUGGUGUUGUGAAAAAUGGGAGAAAGGGGGGAAAAGAGCGUGUUGAACCAGCAAAGACUGAGAGUGAAAUGGAAGUUGUUGUAAAAAAUGAGAGUAAGGGGAAAAAUGAGGGUGAUAAAACAGCAAAGACUGAGAGUGAAAUGGAUGUGACUUCUGAGGAUGAAUCUACUGAGUAUGAUUCAUCAACAUCAUACACGGGAAGCUCAUCAGACGAGGAAGAAAUAAACCCACGUGAUAAAGAACAGAGGACCUCAAAGGGCGAGACUGACUUCUGUGUACGUAAAAUAGAGCAACAUGGCUUUGGUCGUAGGGAGAUUGAAAUUGCAGAACAAGAGAUGCCGGGACUCAUGGCAUUACGCAAAAGAGCCCAAGCAGACCAUCCUCUACGUGGGGCUAAAAUAGUUGGUUGCACACACAUUACUGCUCAAACUGCUGUCUUGAUAGAGACUCUGGUUGCACUGGGUGCUAAAGUACGCUGGUCAGCAUGCAAUAUAUACUCCACUCAGAAUGAGGUUGCGUCAGCCUUGGCGGAGGCAGGUAUCCCUGUGUUUGCGUGGAAAGGCGAGACAGAAGAGGAUUUCUGGUGGUGCAUAGACAGAUGUAUAAUCUGUGAUUCAUGGCAGCCUAAUAUGAUAUUAGAUGACGGUGGGGAUGCAACACAUUUAAUGAUCAAGAAGUACCCUACAAUGUUUAACCUCAUAAAGGGCAUAGUGGAAGAGAGUGUAACAGGGGUACACAGGCUUUAUCAGCUGUCUAAGACAAACAAACUCACAGUGCCAGCCAUGAAUGUCAAUGACUCGGUUACUAAGACUAAGUUUGACAACCUAUACAGCUGUAGGGAAUCUAUAUUGGAUGCCCUGAAGAGAACAACUGAUGUAAUGUUUGGAGGCAAGCAAGUGCUGGUCUGUGGCUAUGGAGAGGUUGGUAAAGGGUGUUGUGCAGCUCUGAAGGGACUUGGUGCCAUUGUAAGCAUUACAGAGAUUGACCCCAUCUGUGCUCUCCAAGCUUGUAUGGAUGGAUUCCGGGUUGUGAAGUUAGAUGAGGUGAUUAGACAUGUAGAUAUUGUGGUCACAUGUACAGGUAACAAAAAUGUGAUCACUAGGACCCAUCUGGAUAAAAUGAAGAAUGCUUGUAUUGUAUGCAACAUGGGGCACUCCAACACAGAGAUUGAUGUUGGUGCCUUAAGGACGACAGAUCUGACAUGGGAGAAAGUGAGAUCUCAGGUAGACCACAUCAUCUGGCCUGAUGGUAAACGCAUCAUUCUUCUUGCAGAGGGGAGAUUGGUCAACUUGAGUUGUUCAGGUAUCCCAUCAUUUGUGGUGUCUAUAGCUGCCUCCACUCAGGCCCUUGCUCUAAUUGAGCUCUUCAAUGCACCCACUGGCAGAUACAAACAGGAUGUUUAUCUAUUGCCUAAGAAAAUGGAUGAAUAUGUAGCUAGUUUACAUUUGUCUUCAUUUGAUGCUCAUUUGACUGAGUUGACGGAUGAGCAGGCCAAAUACCUGGGUCUCAGCAAAGCAGGUCCCUUUAAACCAAACUAUUACAGGUAC